AUGGUAUGGGACUACUACGAUGGCAAAAUUUUGUUUGUCACUGGCGGAACGGGAAUUAUUGGCACAACGCUACUCUAUAGGCUCUUGAGUCAAGCGGCUCCAGAACAUAUUUAUGUAUUGUGUCGAGGUGGUUACGAGAGAGCAAAAACAAAAUGGACCGAGAUGCUAUCAGCCCCGGCGGCCGAAAUUCUCACCCAGAGCAAUCGCAUGACAAUUUUGGACGGCGAGCUUGGAGAUACCGCGACAAUGAACCUUCCAGACGAUGACCUUCAAAUGAUUAAGCAAAAAGUGCAUAUUAUCAUUCAUGCUGCAUCUUCUAUAGCACUGAACAAUUCACUCCGCGAACUAGACUACACAGUGAUUGCACCCACCGUGUGUCUAGUACAAUACGCCCUGAAGUUUGCUAAAUUGGAAAAAUUCGUCUUUCUCUCCACCGCUUAUGUCAAUGCUCAUCUUUGGACGAAAAGCAAGUCAUCCGAUGUUGCUGUGGAGGAACGAGUGUAUCCCCUGGGAUCCAACGACGAAAAUCCAGUGGAAACAGCACCCCACGUGUAUCGAGAACUGCAGAAAACGGGUACGACAGAAGAAUAUGAGACUCAUGAUUUCCCGUGGCCAUAUGCUUAUGCAAAACAUUUGGCGGAGAGACUUGUAUUAAACAAGGCCGCGCUAAAGAAUGCCUCAGACAAGAUUCUUAUCAUCCGGCCUUCAGUUGUUGGGCCGGCCGACCAACUUCCAUACCACGGCUUCACCACUUCAUACUCUUCCCCAUCAACAGCCUGUGCGGCAGCUUAUGCGCUGCACCCAGGACGGAAGAUCAAUCUUGCCACUCGGUGCGAGAACCCUGAUAAAGAAGCAACCAUCGAUGAAGUUCCUGUGGAUGUUGUCGCAGAACGGCUUCUGGUACACGUGGCGCUCGGCUCAAGUGGAUGUGUUCAUGCAGUCAGUGGAGAGAAAGGGCGAUUGCGUAUUGAGGACUGGUGGGAGGCAUUCAAGAAAGAACGCCGAUGGCCCUGGAAUGUGAAGCCAGUCUGGGUAUCGAAGGACUGGCAUUCAUCCGAUCUACAUCAUGUUGCCAAAAGCUUGAAAAUAAUCGGAACUUCCUUCGCUUUCUCUGAAGAAAAGACGGACAUUCUUUCUGAGAAGCUCAAUAGUGAUCUAAAGCUUUAUGCAGAUCGGUCGAAGCCAUAUUCCCUUGUCCAUCGGCGGCACCAUAUUCACCACCUUGCUCGUCAGAUGGCGAAGAAAAGCAGAUUACCGGCGUGCUCGGCCAGUAUUCUACUGCGAAAAGGAAAGCCACACACUUAG